AUGCGCGGUUCUCGGACAGAGUAUAUUCACUGGCUGCAGGAUGCUCCCGACCAAAAGCAGAUCGUCUCGCAGUUUUGCCGGUACAGUGGCGAAUUCAAGACCGGUAAGAACAUCAAGCAGCUGCUCAACCGCGCUCUUCAAUUUGCGACGAGUGAUCCCAAAGGCCCCGUCUACAUGGUUGGCGCGCGCGAAGUGAUGGAAGAAGAGAUCCCCUCCUACUCUCUUGAUCCGACCGUCUGGCAGAAUGUCGCUCCAACUGGACUGCCACCCCAAGCGGUCGAACCCAUCGUCGAACUCUUAGUUGAGGCUACCUCACCGUUGAUCAUCACAGGCUACUCUGGGCGGAACCACGCCAGCGUUCCUCAGCUUGUCCAACUUGUCGAGGCCAUCCCGGGCGUGCAGGUGCUAGAUACUCUAGGAAGUGAUGUUUGCUUCCCAUUCAGUCACCGAGCCUCACUGGGUGUAGGAAUUGGUCGCCAUCCAAAAAUCGAGCAGGCAGAUGUCAUUCUGAUUCUUGAUUGCGACGUACCAUGGAUUCCCACACAAUGCAAAACACGAGCGGAUGUCAAAAUUGUCCAUAUCGACGUGGAUCCGCUCAAGUCAAACAUGCCGCUCCAUUACAUCCCCGCUUCCUCUAGGUAUCGCGCCGACUCUGAGACAGCCCUGCGGCAGCUGAACACACACAUCGCCCAGUCUUCUAGAUAUGCAGAGUUGGCCAAACAGGAGCCAUACACUUCUCGUUGGCAGGCAUUGGCUGAUGAACAUAAACAACGUCUUGAUAACCUAGCCAAGCUGGCCGCUCAGCCUGAGGACACUUCUACGUCGCCAAGCACAUCAUAUCUCUGUGGGCAACUGCGUAAGACCUGCCCCAAAGACACCAUCUGGUGCCUAGAAACCGUCACCAAUGCCCCUUUUGUCUACCAGCAGCUCCAGGUCGAUGAGCCAGGACACCUGAUCAAUGCCGGCGGAGGGGGACUUGGUUGGUCUGGCGGUGCUACGAUCGGCGUCAAACUUGCGUCGGACUGGCUAGCCGGUGGUCAAGGCAAAGGGAGUUUUGUAACUGAGAUUGUGGGAGACGGCACAUACAUGUUCGGUGUACCCGGCACCGUGUAUUGGAUUGCCAGGCGGUACGAAUUACCGACAUUGACUGUGGUACUAAGCAACAAGGGAUGGAAUGCCCCUCGCAAUUCUCUAGAGCUUGUACACCCCACAGGAUACGGAUCUGCAGUGUCCAACAAGGAUCUAAAUAUCUCCUUUGACCCUACCCCUGACUACUCUGGCAUUGCAAAGGCAGCUGCUGGUGGAAAGGCAUGGGCUGGAGUAGCUGCUACGGUAGAGGAGCUGAACCAGAUGCUACCAGAUGCGAUAGAGCAUGUCAAAAAUGGAUUGUCUGCAAUCCUCGAGGUUCGCCUCGCAGGAUCAUGGUGA